GUAAAAGGAUUAGGUGAAUAGUGAGGUUGGAGUUAGAGAGUGUACUUUCUAUUGUGACGACUGGUAAUACAGUGCAGUGUUGAAUGUGCCUUUAAUUUUGGCUGGGAGAGGGAGAGAUCUGUGUUUUGAAGCAUUUGCUCGUGAAAGAGCGGACUUUGUUCCUGUUCAAUCAGAAAAGGACUCGUUCGACUUCAGUGAUUCCCUCCCACUCGCUCGAAAGGUUCGACAGUAAAGAAACAGACACUAACAAGUGCGAUUUGAAAGUUUCCAGUAAAGAUCUGCAACUCGUUGAGGAGCUCUCAGUACCAGGUGGACAUCAUGAGUGACGUUAAUCCUGAAGAUGCAAGCCAGACUGUGAGUGAAUUGUGUUGGGAGUGCGGUCAGACCCAUAUGGUGGUAGAGAACCAUUUGUAUGACUAUCAAGAUGAAGUGGAUGAUGAACUAGUUUGUCAUAUUUGCCUGCAGCCCCUGCUGCAACCUCUGGACACCCCAUGCGGCCACACGUUUUGUUUUAAGUGCCUGGAGAAUUUCUUGCAAGAGCAGGAUUUCUGCCCGAUGGAUCGUAAGAGGCUUCACUUCCAGCACUGUCGGAAAUCCAGCCUUCUGGUGCGGAACCUCCUCGAUAAGCUGGUCGUUUUUUGCCCUUUUCGAUUGGACUGUGGGAAGGUGAUGCAACGCUGUGAACUCGACCCACAUCUCCGCAAUAGGUGCCCUGGCCUGACAAAGCACAGAAUUAAAAUUGAAAACAAGAGGCAAUCUAGCUUGAAGAUAAACCAAGACCCAGCACCAGAUGAUGAAACAAUAGCUUCGGAAGGUUCUGCAGCAGCUAUUGUCUCCCUCAGAACUGCUGAGCCUGGACUUGUUAACCCUGCUUUUGAAGAAGAUCGGGAAGAAGAUGACCUGCCUCGAUUGUCAAGCCUCUUAGCAGAAACAACGAUUGUUGAAAUUCAUCGUGCAGAUCCUCAGGAGGAGCUAGGAAUUCGGAUAGUGGGUGGUAAAGAUACACCACUCUGUAACAUUGUGAUUCAGGAGAUUCUUCGGGACAGCGUUGUUGCUAGAAAUGGAAAACUUGCACCUGGAGACCAUAUAACAGAGGUAAAUGGUGUGAACAUCACCAGUGUUCCACACAGCUACGCCAUCAAGGUACUGAGGCAGCCCAGCACUGUCUGUCGGCUCUCAGUGCUGCAGGAAAGAGGCUUUGCCAUUCGAAGUUCUUCACAAGAAAGGAGCAACAGCAGCCACAAGCAGAUUCUGAAUGUAACUUUGCACAAAAGGGACCGAAGCGAACCAUUGGGGAUUAAACUGAUUCGGAAGGCGGAUGAGCCAGGAGUGUUUAUUUUGGAUCUCCUGGCGGGGGGCUUGGCUGCUCGGGAUGGAAAGCUGCGUAAUAAUGACAAAGUGCUUAUGAUUAAUCAGCAGGACCUCAAAAACGGAACUCCAGAAAUUGCAGCACAGAUAAUCCAGUCCAGUGAAGGAAAUGUUAACUUUGUGAUUCAGAGGUACACUGGUCAGCAAAGCUCCGAGAUUAUUGAUGAAGCUGGAUCAAGCAACAGCAGUCCCCCUCGCCAGCGCAGUAAAUCACUGCAGCAUCAUUGCCGUCGACGCUCCCAUUACCAAAAGGAUCCUUCCCAGAAUUCACUGUGCCUGGAGAAGACCGUUCCGGUGAGAAAGGAGCCUCGUGAGUCUCUGGGAAUAACUAUUUCAGGUGGUCGUGAAAAUAAGUAUAAGGUACCGAUCUAUGUGACCAGCAUCCAGCCAGUGGGCUGCCUCUAUAGAGAUGGCAGAAUCAAAAAGGGAAAUGUACUGCUGAGCAUAAACGGAGUAGACCUCACACAGUUGAGUUAUAAUGAAGCAGUGUCAGUUCUCAAAUUGAAUACAGCCUCCUCUGCAGUGCUGCUAAAGAUUUUGGAUUUGCCAAAUGCUGAGAUGGCACCAACAUCUGAGGAGCUCAUGGAAGCAGGAAAGGAGAAUGAUUAUGAUUGGUCCCCUCUCUGGGUCACAUGGCUAGGGUUACCAAGUUAUCUUCACUGUUGCAAUGACAUUACUCUGCAUAAGAGUAAUUCUGAAAGCUGGGGAUUUAGCAUCGUUGGGGGCGUAGAGGAAAGCCAAGAAAACCAGCCUUUCUUUAUCAAAACCAUUGUACCAGGCACACCAGCAUACUUUGAUGGAAGACUCAAAUGCGGGGAUGAGAUUGUAGCUGUAAAUGGAGUUUCCACUGCAGGCAUGAGCAAUUCAGCUGUAAUUCCAAUGCUAAAAGAACAGAGGAACAGAGUCACUCUUACUGUCGUCUCAUGGCCAGGAAGUAAUGUGUGAAAGAAAGUGAACUGAUGAGACAUUUUCCUUCAAAACUUAAAUAAUGAAAUGGCACAGUACAACUUAGAAAACAAGAAACCACCUCAAUAUGUGGUCAAGUAGAAAAAUACGAGAUUACCAAAGUACAUUUGUCAAACUUUUUUUUAAAAAUACAGACCUGUGAUUUCACUUUACUCCAGCAAAAUACCAAAUAGUUUAAAAAUGCAAUGAGUGAAUCAUGGGGUGGUGGGAUAAAAGUCAAAGGCUGACCAUAAUUUCCAAACAGAUGUCCAAUGUAUGAAUUCCCACAUUCAGCAAUCUGAAUCAAUUUGUUAAUGUAAUUUUGUGGUCAUACAGAUGAUCAUAUACAAGGAUGUCAAAGUUGUGCUGCUUCUGAGGGCAGGAUGAAGCAUUUCUAAUAGUAUGGCUAUAGCCAAAGCAAAAAUUUCUCUUGGGGCAGAAAGCUAAACUUCCACAUGACUAUUGACAAUGUCAGGAUUCAUACUGAGAUUAUACUUUCCUUGGAUUUUGUAGCAGUUCACCAAUCUCCAAUUUUAUCUGGAUUUUGCAUACUAUAGGAUGCUGCUUUAACCUCUGCAGGCAAUUUGAUUUAUUGAAGAACUUCUGUACUAAAGUCACAAAGAACAUUCCAACAAGGUGGGUAUUGGUACCUGGCAGCCUGGAAAUGAAUCAGCCGAGAAACAAAUGGGGAGAAAAGUAAUUACUGUAAUCUCUAGUUUAAGUUUGCUAGAAUUAAAUUGUUCAUUAGGCAGAAACAUUACUGCUGUUUUUUCUCAAAACUGCAAGUGUGCAUUAUAUAAUCCUCCAGGUUGUUGCAAUUUAAUAUAGUUCCUGUUUACAUCUGUGGAAAAAUGUUUUUGCACUGGAGACUUUAAAAUGCUGCUGUGAUUGUAAGUUAAAUUAUGAAACCUAAGAAAAUUGGUUGAUUACGGCCUUAAGAAGUUGUACAACUGAUUUAUGAACCAUAAA